GAAUACGUAGCUCGGAGCUGGACUGCUGGCGUGGAGUGGACGAGUGGUGUUGUCCACGCAGGCGCAGAAGCAGGCUCCUUUUUCAUCAGGUCCGGAGGGACUAGGGAGGGGCAGGGACUGAGAGAGAGAGAGAGAGAGAGAGAGAGAGAGAGAGCAGCCGUGGAGUGGAGUGGAGUGGAGCAGACUGAUUGAGCCCCCAAGAUGAGGAGCUCCGUGUCUGAGCGCAGCCUCAUCAUCGAGAGCGACGACGACGACAACGACGACCGUCCCCAAUCCCAGCCAUCCGCCGCCGCCGCCCGCAGCAGAAGACGCCACCACCAACACGAGGAGGGCUCCGGCUCCGGCUCCGGCUCAGGAUCCGACUCCGAUUCCGGCUCCUCCUCGUCGUCCUGCGCCACCCCGCGUGGUCACGCUCAGGCCACCGCCUCCUCCUACACCCAGCAAUGGCCACAGAGCUACAGGCAAUCCAUCAACAUUCUUAGUAGCGUGCAGUCACCAAAUCUGAGCUUCUUGGGGACCCCAACUCUAAGCAGAUUAUCCAACUCUUUCAUCACCAAUUCUUUUCGGGGUAAAACCCCUGAAAUCAUCUCUAAUCUUGUUAAGCCACUUCUUCGCCCCACUACAAGUGAUGACCUUCAGCAGCAGCAUGAAGAAAGAAAGAGUUCACAGUACCUUCUGCCUUCGAGAAAACCGUCUUUGCAACAGAUUCCUGAGGAUCAAAAGCCAGUGCCAGUUGCUCAUGAGGUCUCUCCCUAUCAUAAAUGCUCUUACACUCAGGCGGUUGUGAACGGGAUAAAUGUUCUAUGUGGUGUGGGAAUCCUAUCAACGCCUUAUGCCAUCAAACAAGGGGGCUGGCUUGGACUGGUGAUACUCUGUUUAUUUGCAAUUCUAGCAUGGUAUACUGGUGUGCUCCUGCGCCGUUGCCUGGACAGCAAGGAGGGCCUUGAGACAUACCCAGAUAUUGGCCAUGCCGCCUUCGGGACCACCGGUCGUAUAGCCAUUUCGAUAAUCCUGUAUGUGGAACUAUAUGCCUGUUGCAUCGAGUAUCUGAUAUUGGAAGGUGACAAUUUAUCAAAAUUAUUCCCCAAUGCACACCUGACCAUCGGGAGCUUGACAGUGAACUCCCAUGUACUUUUCGCAAUCUUGACUACCAUCAUAGUCAUGCCGACCACUUGGCUACGUGACCUUAGCUGCCUGAGCUACCUUUCAGCUGGAGGUGUCAUUGCAUCAAUCCUUGGAGUCAUCUGCCUAUUCUGGGUAGGUGUUGUUGAUAAUGUUGACUUUGAGAACAAAGGAACUGCGCUGAACCUCCCUGGAAUCCCUAUUGCAAUUGGAUUGUAUGGUUAUUGCUACUCAGGGCAUGGGGUGUUUCCAAACAUCUACUCUUCUUUGAAGAACCGUAAUCAGUUCCCUUCAAUCCUUUUUACUUGCAUUGGGCUGUCUACCAUUUUAUUUGCUGGUGCUGCGGUGAUGGGAUACAAAAUGUUUGGUGAAGCCACACAGUCUCAGUUCACACUGAACUUACCAGAGAAUUUAGUGGUUUCAAAGAUUGCAGUUUGGACCACGGUGGCAAAUCCAAUAACCAAAUAUGCAUUAACCAUAACCCCACUGGCUAUGAGUUUGGAAGAGUUGCUGCCACCAAAUCAACAGAAGUACUCAAACAUAGUCAUGCUUAGAUCAGCCUUGGUGGUGUCAACCCUCCUCAUUGCUCUAUCUGUACCCUUCUUUGGACUUGUGAUGGCCUUGGUUGGUUCUUUACUCACGAUGCUUGUGACCUAUAUUCUACCUUGUGCGUGCUUUUUAGCAAUCCUGAGGAGAAAAGUGAGCUGGCACCAGGUAGCAGCGUGCUCAUUCAUCAUCAUGGUCGGGGUUUGCUGUGCAUGUGUGGGGACAUACUCAUCUCUGUCAAAGAUAAUCCAGAACUACACAUGAGCGCACAUGAUAUAUACAGCUGUUCCUGCAAAUCCAAAUUUAGUUACUCCUACAUAUACAGUAACCGAACCACCCCAUUACUCAUGUGCUCACACUAUGAGCCAUACAAGACAAAAAUUUUGCCCAGCAAAUUAGUCAAGUUGAUGUAAUGCCAGCAUAUUAGUUAAGUUUAUGUAUAAUAAAUUUGUGUGAUGUCAAUGCUUGCAUGUUAAUGGAUCAACACAAAUAAGUCUGUAGCAAGGAUUUAAGGUUGUAUCAUGCAUAUAUGUAACAAGACAUUAUUUGUGAACACAAGAUCAGGUGGAUUUUGUGCUAUCAUUUUUUGUGAACCGACUGCCCUGCGCCUGUGUCUGCCUGCCUACCUUGGAUGGUGCCAGCCCAAUCCGUUGAAAGGGUCACAUAGGAAGGGAGAGAAGGGGAACCUGCUACAGUGCUGCCCUUGCAUUGGGAGAAGCCGCAACAGCGGAGUUUUUUGAGCGGCUGAGAAGGUUUGCGAAGAAGACGUCCUGGGAGUUUUUCAGUUCGAGACGGGUGGAUGCUGUUUGCUGUCCACUGGUAGACUUUUUUUUUUCCUUUUUUUGUUCAACAUUUCACGGCAGAAGGGAGUGGAGUCUGGAGUCCAUCUGGCCAUUGGUACUUUAUUUUCUUCUUUUUUUAUUAAGCAACUCCAAGCCAAUGAUUUGAUUGACAGUGAGGUAAUGGCUGAUGGUAAAUUGGAUUAGGGACCUACUAUGUUGUGCUUUAGUAUUACCUUUGUGAUGACGAAAUUUAAAUGCCAUAAGAAGUAUUAUAGGAUUUGAUAA